AUGGCCCAAUAUGCCAGCACGGCCAGUCCCGCCCAGUCGACGGCGACGACGGCAUCAGCGCAGCAUCAGCCCACGGCCGCCGCGACUGGCUCUGGCUCGGGGCAGACGCAGGUCCCCCAGCACAAGCGCGUCUACCAGGCGUGCAUCCCUUGCCGUCGCCGCAAGGUGCGCUGCGACCUGGGCAGCGUCGACAACCCCCACGAUCCGCCGUGUGUGCGCUGCCGCCGCGAGAGCAAGGAGUGCUUCUUCAGCGCCACGCGCCGCAAGAGAAAGACAGACGAGGACGACAGCGACGCCGACGAGUACGUGGUGCGCAACGGCCGCAAGAAGCUGCACGCCGCCGACAGCCCGCCCUUUUCGCGCUUCGACAAGCGGCAGUACAGCGACACGCCCCUGACGCCGGGGGGCUCUCACGGCAGGAACCAGCCGCUGCGAAGGCCCGAUGGCAAGGUUGGUGGCCGCGGGCGCGACGACGGCGAGUUUGACGGCGAUGGCGACUCCAACCAGACGCUGGAGAACCUCGAGGCCCAGACCGUCAUGAGGCGCGGCGUCUACGGCCCGCACGAUGCCCUCGACCUCCUCUACAAGGCCGCGACGGAUAGCCCGGCUGCGGAUACACAUAGGCGCCAGCCAAGCAUGGCGUCCAUUGCUCCAGGCCCGCCUCAGCAAUCCCAGGCAGCAGACGAGCCCGGUCUUCGUGCCCGGUCGAGGGGACCAUCUGUAUCCGUCCGGCCUGAGCAGUCCAUCGACCCCAACCUGACCCGUCCGACUCUGAGGGCCCAGCCCGGCUAUGAGGAUGCCCUGAGAGCCUGGUCGAGGUUCCGCUUCGUGCGUGCUGGGUGGUUCACUGCGCAAGAGGCCAUUGAAUACAUAGACUACUACUACAAAUACCUGUCACCACUUACACCGAUUUCGCCCCCUACCUUUAGCAAUCCCUCGUCUCACCUGACCCUCUUGACUGAGGAGCCUAUUCUCACGGUUACCUUGCUUACGAUUUCCUCGAGAUAUUGCCAGCUUCCCGGCACCGGUGGCAUAUGUCGAUCUCAUGCGGUGCCAGAACAGCUAUGGACCUAUCUGCGUGGCAUGAUUGAGAGAUGUCUGUGGGGUCAAGAAGCAUUCGGGGGUGGCUUUUGCGGCUCAGGGUCUGCUUCAACUUCAAUGAUUACUGAAGAGUCUCAGACGAGCAGCACAGCGCCCUGGCGAGGACUUCGCAAAGGCAGCUUGAGAACCCUGGGCACCAUUGAGUCGCUACUGAUUCUGACCGAGUGGCAUCCUCGUGCGCUGCAUUUUCCCCCGCAAGAGGCCACGGAUGAACUGGUUCUCCCUAUUGCGGAGGCUUCACCGUUGAUGGCAUCUGAGGAUGAGCUGCAUAGAACAAUGGGACCGGGUAUUGGCGGCAAGAGGAUCGAGAGCUGGCUAGAGCCGGCGUGGAGGAGUGAUCGCAUGUGUUGGAUGCUGCUCAGUACAGCCAUGGGAUUGGCCUAUGAGCUGGGUGUGUUUGACGACAUUGAUGAGCUGCUCAAGGACGAUGCCAUCACUCGUCCCGAGUACAAGGACGAAGUGUAUCGCCAGCGAGCAAAUCGCAUCAAGCGGCUUUUGCUUAUCUACACGAGCCAGCUUGCAGGCCGCUUGGGUUGGACCAGCAUGACGCCGGAGCACCUUAGAAAGGCUGACCCUGCCGUCGCUCGCCAGAGACCCUUGACCAACGACAGCAGCACGCCCGCGACCAACCCGUCUUCAUUAGCAAACGGAUUCAACUACGUCCCGGAUCUCGAGCUUGACGACCAAAUCAUCCACUGCUGGGCGGGCAUCAGCAAUGCCAUGCACCUCGGCAACGAGAAGCUGUUCAAGACGCGCAAGCACACAACAGAGAUUAUCCAGUCGGGCAAAUACGUCGACCUGCUACGGGAUUUCACGCCGCUGCUCAAGGACUGGUACCGAGAGUUUGAGCUGUUCCGUCUGCCGCAGUACAUUCGACAUAUUCUGACCAUUGAGUACGAAUAUGUCCGCAUCUACAUCAACUCCCUCUCGUUGCAGGCGGUCGUCGAGCGAUGCACUAACAAUGCGGGCAACACUUCCAGCUCUGGCAACGGGCUGCAGCCGACGCACCUGUCUCCGCAGACCAUGAUCAACUACGGAAAGUUGCCCCUGGGCCAGCUGGGAGGCUUCACGGUCCACGACCAGGAGUAUGUGCGCGAGGUGGUGGAUGGAAGCCGGAAUCUGCUGCGGACGGUUGUCGAGGGGCUGCUGCCCGGCGGAUACCUCAAGCACGCGCCCGUGCGGACGUACUUUCGCAUCAUCAGCGGUGCCAUGUUUUUGCUCAAGACUUUUGCCCUGGGUGCUCCUCGUUCGGAUGUCAAGCUCAGCAUCGAGCUGAUGGACGCCACGGUCGAGGCUCUGCGCAAUUGCAUUGUUGACGACGUGCAUCUGGGCAUCCGCUUCGCCGACCUUCUGGAAUCCCUGACCAGCCGACUGCGGAACCGGUUCAUUCAGGCGCCGAUGCAGCAGCCGUCUGCCAAGGCACAGAGCCCCGUCCCGGAGACUGGGAAUGCGGGCGCCGUGCAGCCGGUGCAAAACGGAGAGAAUGGCGAGAAUGGCACGGCCUGGGUGGGCAACCACGCGCAGAGGCUCCGAGAAGGCCUCAACGGACACUAUCGAGUGCCGACUCCCGGCGCCACCAACACCACCGAGGCAAACAACAUCUCUGCCACGCCUUUUGACCUCUCAACUGGCAACUUCCCAUACCACGGAGCAUCGUCCAUCGGUCCCUCGACGCCGGCGGCAGACAACAGCAACACUUCUGGCGCGGGCAACAUGGACGUCAACCUGUUUGACGAGUGGAACAAUGCCGGCAGCGAGAUGUGGUAUCUGCCGCCCGGCCCGGCGUUCUUCCAGAACAUGGAGAAUAGCUCCGUCGCCAUGACGGCCGAGGGCGUGAAUGUCGGUGGGCUGGAUUUGUUGGAGUACAUGGCUAUGGAUCCUGUGCAGUUUCCGGGGCUGGAUGGGCCGGGGGGUGCGAGCGGAGCGGCGAGUUGA